UUUCAACCAAACUACAUUUUUGUUUCAUUUUUAUUCAGGCACUUUAUAGCCUUCAAUCACAAUGAGUCGACACCGGGACCGAAGGACCCCAGCGCCCUGCAUGAAAACAGAAUAGAAACUGCUCAAGAUUGUCUCUUUUACAUUUUUGUUAACAAAACCCAUCAUGUUUAUCUCUUCACAAAGCUCCAUGCCUAUAUUUAAAGAUGUGACGCUCGUUAUGCCGGCAGUGGCGGUGGGCAAUGUGGGCCAGCUGGCGGUGGAUCUGAUCAUAUCCACCCUAAACCUACGCCGAGUGGGGUACCUGCACACGGACUGCCUCAUCCCCAUGGCGGGGAAUAACCCGUACGCCACCUCCAAGGACGACGAAGAGGAGCUGCACACUGCUGCAGAAGUCUACGCUGCACCUGAGCUCAAGCUAGCUGUUCUUCAAAUCAGGGCGCCAAUUGUGAAGACAAAAUCCAAAAAGUUCAGUCAGCUGCUGUUGUCCUGGAUCAAAUCUAGUGGUUUCUCCAGGACGGUUGUUCUAUCCAGCAGCCAUGCCUACCAGAGGGAUGACCAGCAGCUGCAAGGCACUCCUAUAAGGUACCUGAUCACACCCAGCCUCCUGAAGGCCAGCGCAGACGCCCUGAAGGAGCUGGGAUGGAGGGAGAUGGAGAGGGUGCCCCCUUGCCCAGGACAUGUAGACGGCAACGUGGAGCCAAGGCUCUUUGUCCCUGGAGGCGGCAUCACAAAAGGGCUCUUCACAGAUAGCUGUGCAAACGAGGUCCCACUAGCCGUGCUGCUCAUCUUCUGCUCGGAGGGCGACAACAUCCCGGACGCCUUCACGCUCCUCAAUCACCUGAACGACUGGCUCCACCUGCUGGACCCUAAGCAAGAGGCCAAGUGGAAGAUCCCAGCAUCCUGGAGUCUCCUCUUUGGGAGUGGCAUCCCUCCAGCCCUCUUCUGAAACAUAAUUUUUGUCAUUGUAAGCUGCUACGCCACGUUCUGUCAAAAAAAGAACCGACUUACAGGAACUGACCUAAAUGAGCACUUCUGCAACCCUUUUUGAGUGUUUUACAUUUGGGGGGGGCAAGAGCCAAGCCAGUGUGAAUUUUUGAGCAGUUCUCGGCUGGACCUCAUUUGGCCCGACUAACUGAAAGUGGUUGGCCAGGCGCCAUGCGGUGUUCCCAGCAUCGCCGCCCACCUUUGUAACAUGACUCUUGGAACAAUACGCUGACCGCUCAUCACUCAAAAUGUUUAACAUCCCCUUGAAAUAUGACUAUAAAUAAAAAAGCCAAGUAUUUUCUAUCAUAAAGUAGCAAAAAGAAAAAGAGCAAUUCUUCCAUCACAGGGUGUUGUGUAAUAAACUAGAUACCAGUUUUAUUAUGACAAGUUCAUAGCAUUGACUUUUUUCCCAUUAUAAGAAAAUGUCAUCAAAUUGUCUUCAAAUGUGUAACAAUGCUCUCGUUUUUUUUCUGUGAAAAAAAAACCUUCAUAUACAUGCCAAUGACUUUUGCCACAUUGCUGCGAAAAACUUCAAGUAUCCUUAUAAAAAUAGAAACAUUUCCACCCCUGGAAAAAUACACAUGUAUAAAAUGGCAAUGCAUAGUUCCUGGUUCAGUCUGUAUAAAUGUAGUAUGACAAAGCUGCAAAGCAAACCUUUUAAUAACGCUGGUGUCUU